CGCGGAGCUGUCUUUCAGCACCAUUGGCGUUACUUUGCAUUACUCAAACGCAUUGAAAUACGCAUCAAAGCUAGUGAAGCGGAUACAAAAUGCUGGAUUUUUACUGGAAAAGUUUUCUGUGUGUCUUAGUUUUCAUCGUAACGAGAGGAACUCUUCAAGCCAGCACGGACAUCAGUCCAGAAAUACCUGUACAGCAAGCACAACAUGGGCAGCUCCAACUGACAGGAAUUUUGGAAGGACUUGUUCCAUUCCCUGAUUUAAAAUAUAAUGCGAAUAAAAGCGCAAUUCCCAGAAGAAAACGCAACGUGUUGUUUCCCAGUGGAGUUAAAGUUUGUCCGCAUGAAACUGUUCAACAGGCAAUAACAAACCAUUUGAAAUAUUUCAAACUCGGAGUGUGCCAAGAAACUGUGUGGGAGGCAUUUAAGAUCUUCUGGGGCCGACUUCCUGAACGGGAUGAGUACCAGCGCUGGAUGAAGCUCUGUGAGGACGGGACCAUGAGCAUGUUUGAAAUCGGCACCAGCUUCAGUCAGUCUGAGGAGCACCUUCUUCUGGUCCAGAAUCGAUUGUCGUUGAUGUCACAAAACAGCCCUUGCCCUGAUGGUUCAUGCAGUCAACCCACUAACCUGUGGCAUCUCUUGUGCAGCACACAACCAACAGCCUCUACGGCUGAACUUGACAAUACUACUCGAAGAGACGCAGCAGCAAAUGUUUCUCCCACGCAGAUGGUCUCCGUUGAAACAAUCCCGUCCAGUGAAGACAGUAUCACGAACGAGAUUGUAGAUGUCACAGAGAGACCAGUGAGGCCCGUUGCAGAGCAGGUGGUGGAGCUGAGUAUUCAGCUGACAGGAGAGAGUUACAGCGAGGAUCUGGAGAACCCUGACAGCGUCCGCUUCCAGGACCUCACUAAGCACUUCAUCUACGAGAUUCAAAAUGCGUUUCAAAGGUUGCCAGGGUUCAAGAGUGUGAAUGUGCUUGAAUUUAGGGAGCCACAAGACCCAGAGAGUGUUAAUGCAGUGGUGGUUCAUUAUGGCGUGACCUUUGAAGUGGGAACUGGGGGAAUCAGCAACGAGACCCUGGACUUUAUUAACCUGCACAACAAGGUAGAGGAGCCCUACCCGGAGACAGAAGAGAGCCCCACUGUGGUUUACACUGUCACUGACCUCCGCAAUUACAUCGCUGAGGCCCUCAUCAAGGAAGCCAUCAUUGGAAAUGCAACUUUAGCUGUGGAUCCGGACUCUCUUCAGCUUGCAAAUGAGGAUGGAUCAUCAUCUCUUAAGGAUUCAGAAACCUCAGGCCCAACAGAAGAACCACUAGCAAGCAUGGAGAAUAUUCUGGCAGCCGAGAGACCUCCUAAUGGCUCUUCCUUGGAACUGAACAAAAACGACAUCUUUGUGAAUGGUUACACCACAGGUGACAUCCACUUUGACAGUGUGCACCCCAAUGACCUGUGGGUGGAGUCUCAGACUCCUUUUGCUGAUGAGAAUGAUGUCAUAGUACUGGAGGAGAGCCCCACUUCUGCAUCCCCAUUACUCACAUACCCAACUAUCGCAGAGCCCACCUCAGGAGUAGACAGUUCUGUCAUUACAUCCCAGCCAGGCACAGAGGAUUCUGAAAAUAUAGAAGAAGAGGGCUUCCUGUUCAGUAAUACUAUAGUUACUCUGAAGACACCCACAUCCAGUCCAGAGAAGGUAACCCCAAACACUGUGCUCAACGUUGAACAUCCAACCACUGUUGCGCCAUCUCCUGCAACUACCCAAGCUGAAGAACCAGCUGUGCCCACACCCAUGACAGGAAACCUGGUAACAGUAGCUCCAGAGAGUGGAUUAAGUGAAGGAGGGUCCUAUACCCAUACUGCCCUUCCAAACCAGAAACCAGAGGCUCCGAUUAAUACAGCAGAUGAGAUUCCACUACCUCACAGCACACAUUCCACAACAACACCUGCCUCUGACACAGUGUCCACAGAAAGUGAGACAGACGUACCAGCCACGGUGUCACCCACACAAGAUCCUCCCACAUCUUCGGCUGUCGAUGAAGCCUUGAUUGUUACAACAGAAGGACGCGUGAUGGUCUCUCCUUCACAAUAUCCCACCACACCUUUUUCUUCAGAUGAAGCUUUAGCAGUUGAAACAGAAAGUCCAGUCAUAGUGUCUCCAUUGCAAGAUCCUACCACACCUUCUUCAUUGAAUGAAGCAUUAGACGUUGCAACAGAAAGUCCAGUCAUGGUACCCCCAUCUGAGCAUCCUAUCACACUAUCUUCAUUAGAUGAAGCAUCAGCAGUUGGAAUAGAAAGUUCAGUCAUAGUGUCUGAUCCUCAAGAUCCUACCACACCUUCUUCAUCAGAUGAAGCUUUAGCAGUUGAAGCAGAGAGUCCAGUCAUAGUGUCUCCUUCUCAAGCUCCUACCACACCAUUGUUAUCAGAUGAAGCUUUGGUAGUUGCAACAGAAAGUCCAGUCAUGGUGUCUCUAUCUCAAAAUCCUAUCACACCUUUUUCAUUUGAUGAAGCUUUACCAGUAACAACAGAAAAGACAGCCAUAGCAAGCAAUCAAUUAUUUGAAGAAGGGUCUGGUUCUGGGUUCUUCCACUCUGGAGAAGAGCCAGGCCGUGAUGUUUGGCCUUGGGUUCCUGUGACACCUGACCUUAUAUCCUUGUUAAGUACAAAUGAGGACCCCAAAGAGAAGUUCAUUGAUCCCCCCGAUUUUGUUAAUGAGAAUUUUAUUGAUGUUACGUCAAUAACUGAGGAUUCAUAUAUUGAUUACAAACCCACAAACAUUGUAUUUAUUGAUGACAGAACACUAAGUGAGGACCUAGAAAUGCAAAAAGAGCUUUUGGACAGAGAUAUUGUCACUGAGGAUAUUAGGAAUAAGCCUCACUAUACCACCACUGAUGUAGCCCCUGUUUUAUUGACAAUGGAGACGUUAACAGUGGCGCUGUCCAUCCAGACCUCAGAGGCCUCUGGUAGUUAUGAUUACUAUGUGAGUGAGCCAAUCACCAUGCUCACCCCAGUCACUGAUAAUGCUCUCCCUAAUGUUCUGGAGGAACACACUACCGUAGCUUAUGUACUUGAAGGACCAUCUACUAGGGGGCAACAAUUUGUCACAGUCGGGGAUGCAUUUAGCAAUGAGGAAUUAUUGGAAGUGGUGCCAACAACAGAGCUGACUACUACAGAGAAACUUCCAGCACAGUCAGUCGCCAUGGGUCCCAUGGUCACCUCACAUCCUACUCCAGGGGAACCACUCACAGAGCUAUUUAAUAGAGAGGAGGAAGAAAAGGAUUCACCCACUCUUACCCAACCAGUUACCGAGACAUCUACAUUAGGGAUAUACAUGGGAAACAAAAUUACAGAAACAUUCACAGUUGGGGAAGCCUUUGUAGGACUGAGCACAGAGGAGCAACCUCUCAUAGAGCCAUUCAAUGGAGAUAAAGACCAGGGGGGCCUGAAAAUACCCAUCAAAGAACAGGUCACAGUCACAGAAUCACCCUUAACAGGCAAUCCCACCAUCGAAAUCUCAAAAGAAGAUCAACCGGCAUUGGAUUUGUCUGACUCACGUAUUCUUGCUGUAAACUUGACAAGCAAAGAGACACCAGUCAUGGAGUUAUUCAGCACUGUACAACCCACCACAGAGUCCCCCAAAGAUGAAUCACCUUUCACUAAACACUCAAUCAUUCUGCCACCAAAUGUAGAAUCUGCUACCAUGCUGCCUGUGCUGACAGAACCGCCAGCUACAUUCCAGUACGUACCUGAACAAACUACACUGUUCGUACCAGAUGAAAUGUCUACAGCAGAUAAUGUGUUUACGGAAAUCACAAAUAUGCCAGUGGACAUUACUGAGCAACCUGAUGUAGCUCAUACCCCUAGCCAUCCUGUGACAGAAAUUUCCAUUAAUAAAGGCGACAGCAGUGAAGUGUAUCCAUUAACUACAACGCCUCCCUUGCUGCAGUCAACUACUGAACCCACCACCGAUGACUUGAUGGUAAUCUCAGUGUCAUCUACUAAGAAUCCCACCCAGCCACAGCUACCAGUGAUUCCUGAUGAAAAUGAGGACAUUGGUACGGCAGUGCUGGGAAUACAGACAUACGGACCAGCAAUACAAGACAUUACCGACCUUGAUCAUCCUGACCUGGUCUACCACCACACCGGGGUUAGCCAUAUAGAGGAGGAGAGCAGUGGGAAAACAGCAGUUAAUGUACAUGCUACAGACAUGGCGAGUGUGGCCAAGUCUACAAAUGGAAACAUUACUCUGCCGACACGGGCGCUAGUGGUUUUCUUCAGCCUUAGAGUGACGAACAUGAUGUUCUCUGAAGAUCUGUUUAAUAAAAGCUCUCCCGAGUACAAAGCUCUUGAGCAACGAUUCCUGGAACUGCUGGUUCCUUACCUGCAGUCCAACCUCACCAACUUCCAAAACCUUGAGAUCCUCAACUUCAGGAAUGGCAGCAUAGUAGUGAACAGUCGAAUGAAGUUUGCUAAGCGGGUGCCCCGCAACGUUACAAAUGCGGUCUACAUAAUUCUGGAGGAUUUCUGCAAUACUGCCUAUCAAACCAUGAAUCUUGCCAUUGACAAGUACUCCCUGGAUGUGGAGUCGGGAUAUCAAGCUGACCCGUGUAAGUUCCAGGCCUGCAAUGAGUUCUCCCAGUGCUCAGUAAACCGCUGGUUGGGGGAGGCGGAGUGCAUCUGCAACGCUGGCUAUUUUAGCGUUGAUGGACUGCCUUGUCAGAGUAUCUGUGAGCUUCAACCAGACUUCUGUCUGAAUGAUGGAAAAUGUGACAUCGUCCCAGGCCAAGGAGCAAUCUGCAGGUGCCGUGUUGGUGAGAACUGGUGGUACCGCGGCGAACACUGUGAGGAGUACGUCUCUGAGCCCCUGGUGGUGGGGAUUGCCAUUGCCUCGGUGGCUGGCUUCCUGCUGGUCGCUUCUGCUGUCAUCUUUUUCUUGUCUAGGACACUGCGUGACCAAUACAGCAAGAAUGAUAUAGAGGAGCCUGUCGGGUUCGGGGACAGCCUGGCGUCCAUGGAGAAGGCAGUGAAGUACAACCCCAUGUAUGAGAGUGAUGCCACCACGGGCUACAGUCACUACUACAGACGCUACCCGCAUAUUCCUUCAUACAGCUCAGCCAGUGCUGAUGCCUCCACAAACUUCAGUAGCGAGGAGAUCCGACACAUUUAUGAGCACAGCAAGCUCACCAAGGAGGAAAUUCAGGACAGAAUACGAAUAAUAGAACUGUACGCCAAGGACCGGCAGUUUGCUGAGUUUGUACGGCAGCAUCAAAUUCGGGCCUUGGAUGUCAGACAAGGAAGCCCUUCCAGUUAGUAGCACGGCAGCCAGCUGUACAAAACAAGGAGAAUGUCUUGGUAAAUGGCGGAAAGGAUGGGCAAUGCUGUGUGCCCUGAAAAAUGUAAUGUUUCUGCUGCCAUGGCCACCACAUCAAGGACGUCGUGAUAGAAUGUCUAGCUCUGAAGAGUUUGUGUGCUUUGUUCAAUUUUGUCCAAUUUUGUCAAAAUCCAUUAAGAAAAAAAAGACUAAUGUUGCUGUCCUGGUGAAUAAUACAAAAAAAAAAAAAAAAGAAUGCAUUUUAUGUUGUUGUUUUGUUUUUUUUUGGAUGGAGUGAACAUGAUUUGCAUUGCUAUUUUUUAAAUGUGUAUUAUUGCUGUUCUUUAAUAUUGCAGCCAUUACCUUUUCUUUUUACAGUAUUUCAUGAUGGUUUCUACACAUGUUGUGUACUUUCCCCCCAUUGCAAGGCUUCUCAUUCAUCACUGCUUUAGAGCAUUACAGGUUAGAAACAGGGGGACAUGCGUGUAAAUGAUCCUUCACAGGUGCAGCCUGUUAGUGCCUUCAUCUGGUUCUACAGCAAGUGCUGGCAUACUUAGUUUUGGUCUGUCAGGGUCCUCCACAAAGGACAAUCUGACCACUACAGAAAUAGAUACCAGGGGAUUUGAAUCUUGAAAGAUUCUUAGCACAAAAGGAUUUUAGUAAUGAAGCUCACAAUACAACAUGGAAGAUGUAUUUGUAUGUUUAAAAUAUAUGUAUCUGGGGGGUCCCCGAGUGGUUCAUCCAGUUAAAGCUGCCGCUAGAUAAGUCAGAUAGCUUGGACGGCACCAGUUCAUGUCCAGUCUGUGCAAAGACGAGGGGGGCAUCACAUUGGCUCUGACGCCCCCGUGUGGGGGAUGGAAAACCGUCAGGGAUUGCUUCUCCUCAAUUCGCAAAAGUACACCCUACUGUCCAGACACCGAGCACAUUCAGAGUGGAUAAAAAGCAGGGCUAGACUCUGUUCUCUGGAAUCGGUAGCCUGCCCACCUCUGCUCUGGAUUGCUCGGCGUAAAAGCGAUUCUGGGUUUAGGCUUGUGAGAUCGGAGGAGGCUCACAUGCCCUAAGAGUCUGUGCUGUGUGGGGACUCGCUGCGGUGAAAAAACAUAAUUGGACAUUCCAAAUUGGGGGAAAAUAAAUAAAAAUAAUAAUUGGUCACUCUAAAUUUAAAAAUAAUAUAUAUAUAUAUAUAUAUAUAUAUAUAUAUAUAUAUAUAUAUAUAUAUAUAGUUCUUUGGCUAGUGUGAGUAAAACAUGCUGGGAACACACGCUUUUAUUGAAAAAAAGGUUACAAACAAUCUUAGGAAUGUAUUGGCUGCUCCCUUAUAAAACUUUAUAAAAGUUUACCAUAGUAAUCAUCAUGGUGUAAUAAAGCACAGGGAGGCACAGUAAAUCAUAAGGUGAACCAUGGUAAAUACAUAGGAGAAGCAUGCAAGUAUUGUGUUAUGUUUUAAUUUUUUUUUUUUUACAGUACUCUAGAAUCAGCGAUUUAUUGAUUGCAGUGUUAUUUAUUAUGUUAUUUAAUAGUAUUAAUUUAAGUUUUUUUUUAAAUUAAGAAAGAUAUUUUAUACAAAGAGAACAUACCUUGCAUGUGCAAGGAAACACAGCAACAAACCAAAUGUAGUGGAGUAUGAAUGUGAUUGUUUGUAGUGGACUGCCACAGAGUACUUAUGUUUUAAUACAUUGCUUCAAUAAAAGUACAUUCUGCUAGAUUCUGGGAAACAGAAAAACUAGUAUUUCACAGUUUGUUGUUUGUUUAUUGCAAAGGCAAGUGAAAAACAAGGUAUUCAAGUAGGAUUUCUGAACAGAAGCUAGGUUGGAUGUGUUGUGGUUGGGUGAUGGCAGGAGCGUGUGUUUUUGUGCAUAUAUUGAUAACAGCUCUUAAUGAUAGCCAAGAUAUUUUACAAGAAAACGGUUAAGAUAAUUAACAAGGCAUAGCAUUUAAUUAAGUCUUUUCCAACUAUGUAACUGAUAGUCAGGUGAACUGAUAACAUCUUUGACACCAAUUAGGCCAUCAUAUUAUAGACUAUGCAUUUUUAAUAAACGUUUGUUUAGCUAUAGAUGCUUUUACUAUAUAAAAAAAUAACAAUAAUCCACUGGAAAAAAAAAAAAAAUGUGUUCAGUUAA